UUGAAUGGUGUAACGCGCGACUUCUGUUGGUGACUGCAACCUUGAGAUUUCCACUUUGACCAAGGUUAAAAAAAAUUCUCUCGGAGUUGAAGUAUAGAAAAACUCAUGGACAAGUUGCAGCAUCAGACUUAUCAAGAUGAGAUUCAUUCUUUACAAGAAGAGAUUAGACUACUGGAGCAACAAUCUCAAAACAGUCAAAGUUAUAUGGGAUCGUUUCUGAGAACAAUUGAUAUGCAACGAGAAAAGUUCAGCGUCCGAAAUCAUGAAUCAUGGAAAUGUUCAAAUACUGAUUUAGAAGCACAAAUUGAUCAGGCAGAAUCUCAGAUUGCAUUGCUAACUCAGUUAACUGGCAUUGCCUUCACCAAAUGCGUCAUGACAACAGUGGGAAAAGGUAAUGACAAAAGAAAACAAUACAGACUGUCAGGCUACAGUCAUUCACUGCAGUUUGACCUUGAAUUUGAACUAAUGGAGGUUCAGGCGAAAGAAAAUGUCAUUACCACUGUUACAGAACUGAACAUUAUUAUGGAAUCGAAUGAGUUUUGUGAUUUGAGCCGAUUCAUAUCUCGAGCAGAAGAAAAGAAGAGCCUCCUCCUAUUUUUCAGAACUCUUUCAACCUUUGCAAAAUGGUAUGAGUUCCGCCAAAUUACUUUCAAACAUUUCAAGGAGCAGUACCCAAAGGUAGUCAGACUUCCAGAGGGACCAAACUCUGAAUAUAUGGUAUUGGAAUGCUCCAAAGUUCCUGGGAUCGAGCUAAAGAUUUUCUGGAAAAUAUUUGUGAGUGAAGAAGGAGUUGUUAUUCCAGUGCUGGAUCUCUUACCAAAAAUACCUGUUGAGGCACUGGACUUCGACACAGAGAAAGUUGUGGACAACGCACCCAACAGUUUUAGAAAUCUUAUGCGCUUGUUUGGAAUUGAGGCUGCUAUAGAUCACUUAAUUAACCUUAUGUGAAAGGAAGCUUAAUCUAUGUUUUUCACAAGAAAACAAUGAUUUACAAUCAAGAAACAAAAGUUUUUUUUAUUCUGUCAAU